GGAGGGCAGGGAAGGGGAGUGGAAUUCCCCAGGAUUCUCCCCCGCCCCAGCCUGGAAGUUAGUCCCGGGAACCCUCCCCCUCUUGGGCACCGGCGGAUCAAUAGCAGCAGCAGCAGCCGCCCGGGUGGAUGUGUCAGUCUGGCGGCGGGGGCUGGCAGUCAGCACAGCCCAGUGCCAGGUGCCUGCAGCCCGGCCCAGUUGCUCCGCGGGAAGAACAUUGUCUGCGUCCAACAGCUGCAAGAAGCGUGCCGGUCCUGCUCGGCCGAGCCCCGCUGCCGACCCUCAGCCCGGGCGGGGAGGGAAUGGACAGGGAGGGUCUGGGGCUUGCUCGGGGCGGCAGAUUUCCCCAGCACGUUGUUCCCGGCGGAGGUGGGGAAGGAGCGGGCUCCUGGCCGAUCGGAAGCAGCUGAUUCCCCCACCCCGCGCCUCCUGGUUUUGCGGAUGGAAUUGAAGGCGGGGUGCUGAAGUUGUCGAAGCCUGCCUGGAUCCUCCCCUCCGCCCCUCUGACAAACCAUGCGGGAUCUAGCGAUCGAGAUCGGGAUACGAGUUCUGCUCUUCGGUGUCUUCGUUUUUACAGAGUUUUUGGAUCCAUUCCAGAGAGUUAUCCAGCCAGAAGAAAUCUGGCUUUAUAAAAAUCCUUUGGUACAAUCAGACAACAUACCUACACGCCUCAUGUUUGCAAUUUCAUUCCUCACGCCACUGGCUGUCAUUUUUGUGGUGAAAAUAAUCCGGCGGACAGACAAGACUGAAAUUAAAGAAGCCUUCCUAGCUGUUUCCUUGGCUCUCGCUCUGAAUGGAGUCUGCACAAAUACUAUUAAAUUAAUAGUGGGGAGACCUCGUCCCGAUUUCUUUUACCGCUGCUUUCCAGAUGGAGUAAUGAACUCUGAAAUGCACUGCACAGGUGAUCCAGAUCUGGUGUCCGAAGGCAGAAAGAGUUUUCCCAGUAUCCACUCUUCCUUUGCAUUUUCAGGCCUUGGCUUUACGACCUUCUACUUAGCUGGAAAGUUGCACUGCUUCACUGAAAAUGGCCGAGGGAAAAGCUGGCGGCUUUGUGCAGCAAUUCUGCCUCUGUAUUGUGCCAUGAUGAUUGCCCUGUCACGCAUGUGUGAUUACAAGCAUCAUUGGCAAGAUGCUUUUGUCGGAGGAAUCAUUGGCCUAAUUUUCGCUUAUAUUUGCUACAGACAGCACUACCCACCUUUGGGUAACAUGGCUUGCCAUAAACCUUACGUCAGCCUCCUAGUUCAGACCUCAACGAAGAAAGAAGAGAGACCUACAGCAGAUAAUGCUACCGGCCUGCCUCUAGAGGGAAUAACUGAAGGACCAGUAUGACUAAUAAAUGUGAACAAUGAACUUUUAGCCCUUCUCACAUUCCUCCAAACUGGUCUCUUAACAUGAUGUUUCCUACAGUACAUUUGGGCAGUGAUUUUUUUUUUUUAAGAUAUUUGUUUUCAUACAGUAACAUCCUCUUACUUUUAAAGUUCAGUUUUCAAUACAUACUGUUUUGUCCAGCUGUCUGUUUUCAGUCCGUUGCCAGAGCAAAAAAAAAUCCAGAGAGAAAAAAAGUGUCAAUAGAGAGAGCACAUGCCAAAUCCAAGCUAGUUAACUGAAUAGUUUUGAAAGAGAGGUAUUUGAAUAUACAGUCAAUCUGAAAACAGUGGCUGUUGUGUGAUGCUGAGCGCCUCCUAGGAAAUAGAUUGUCCUCAACCAUCGGUGACUUCAGGAGGUGUUGAGUGCGGUCAUCACUUUCAGGAGGUUUUCAGCAACUGCCAUAAUCAGCCCUUGGUCUGUUUCUUUAUAUAAUUUGAUGUGUAAGGGGCAACCUCCUUAUGUUUAUGUUGUGGUCUUCUAACAUAAUAAAUCUUCCACAUGAUGUGAAUGCUUUGUGCUUGUUGUCAAGUUUUGGCAGGGUUAUUCUGAGCUGGUAAUUAAACAGUUGCUGAAAUGUAUGAAGAGCAAGAGUCUGAAAAGAGCCAAGUCUAUUCACAUCAAGGCUUUUGGAGGACGAAGCUGACAGCAGAGUGAGCCAAAUCUGUGGAAAUUGUCAGCUUGCAAUAACAUAUGUUCAUAGGCUGGAUUAGAAACUGGGUAUUAAAAUAUUAGCAUUUUUUUCUGAGAGCUCGGACAGUAAUUAUUUUCAAAAUUGAAUGAAACUGCAGCAACUCCCACGACAUACAACAAGCUGCAAUCUUAAAAACAAACAAACAAGCAAAAAUCCUAAAACUGCGCAGUUGAAGAAACACCAUCUUUUCUGUGAAUCUCAAUGUGCCACAGCUGUCCUGGUAGAACUGUCUUUAAUGAGACACUCCAGCAUUGGUUGUGAUCUUAAGGAAUGUAAGGACUUUGGUUCAUGAGCAUUGGUUUCACAUGUAUGAAUCAACAGAGGGUCCUGUGGCACCUUUAAGACUACCAGAAGUACUGGUCUUGCGUCUGAUGAAAUGGGCAUUCACCCACGAAAGCUUAUGCUCCAAUACUUCUGUUAGUCUUAAAGGUGCCACAGGACCCUCUGUUGCUUUUUACAGAUUCAGACUAACACGGCUACCCCUCUGAUACUUGACAUGUCUGAAUGCUUCCGUCAGUUUCCAGCACUGUAAUAUGCCUGGCUGAAUUCUGAGAAAAAUAUUCUAUUUGCUCAUUUCCCCAUUUUCAAUUCAUCAUAUUCCUAAGCCUAGCAUUUGUAAGGGUCAUCUUGCCACCUGAUCCAAAGCCCAUUAAGUCAAUGGGAAUCAUUUCAUAAUAUUCCAGUAGGCUUUUGAUGAGGUGCAGAGGAGGUAACCAUGUGUAUGACCAACCUAUGUUAGUUCAUUUUUUUUAGAUUUCCAUUCAUUAUUCAUGCACUAUGCCAUAUUAAAAACAUAUCACCCUCCAGUGAAAUGAUGUACCUUUGAAUGGCAAAGUGUCAUCUUCCAGCAUUUCCUUUAAUAGAUGGAUUAUAAAAGAGCAGGUAAAAUGUUCAAAAAAUCACAUCCUGACAGUUGAACAUUCCUUGGCUAGAUUAGCUCGUUAAGGUGAUCAUAACUGCUUUGAUCAACAAUAUCCAUUAUGGUGCUUUAGACUGGAGGAGACCAGUGCCAUAGCUACCUUAUAACUAAUGUGUUCCUGUUGGAAUAUGUAUUGGCCUUGUAGGCGUUUUGUGAUUCAAAAAAGCUGUGUGUCUCAGUGUAAAGGCUUGUCAUUUAUUUUUGUCAAAGGUACACUUUGUAAAUUUUUUGAGAAGAGCUAUUCCCUGAUUGGCAACACUUGAAUUUUUAUAGAAGAAAAACAAGUUAUGAACCCUUUUUCUAAGUAAAAAAAUGCACGCAAAAGAAUGCUGCCAAACUCAUUUAAUGAAAACAUAUACAAAAUUGUGAAAUAUACAUUAAUAGGAAAUGACCUUAUGGAAAAGUCAUAGAAAAUGUAAUAGGGAUGAGACCAAUAGGGGUUCUAUAGAAAUUAGGCCUGGUCUAUACUGGUGCUAUAGGCCCUAGUGUAGAUACAAUUAUACCAGCAUAACUGUUUUUAUAUGCCACUAUAGCUUAUGUCAGUUCCUCAAACUGACAUAAAUUAAACCAAUAUAAGCAUAGUUGUGCCGGUUUAACUGCAUCCUCACUAGGUGGGUUUUCCCAGUAUAUCUUUACCAACAAAACCCAGCUAUAGUAGACCAGUCAUUACUCUAGAAACCUAGGCAAAUGUAAUAAAGAAUUAUCUCCUUGCUAGAGAGUUUUUACACCGUUCUAUAGAAUUCUAUAUCAAGGAUAUAAUUUUAUAUAGGAUGAUUAAAAAAACUAGCAAAGUUAUCGUUUCUAUAAAUUCUGAAGGAUUUUUCCAUUGGCUUUGUCUUUUAGUGGAAAAACUUGGCUUCUGGCAUGUAUGCAAAUAUUUAAAAAAUUCUUAAACUCAAAUUGAAAGUGUAUUAUUGAGGUAUAGUGCAUUUUACACAUUUUUAUAUAAAUUUGGUGUAUGCUUAAAAAAUGAGUAGGGCCUCCUAAAUGGGCUGUAAAAAUUCCCACUAUUUUAAUGGACUUUGAUACAAGUUAGCUAUAUUCCCCUUGUUAGUUGGGAUAGGAAAGGCUGACACAGCACUUAGAAGAAACGCAACUGUGAAAAUGUUGGAAUAUGAAAUGUUGUGCACCAUAAAUACUUAUAUUGAAAGAUAAAUGGGUGAAAAGGACUUUGCAAUGCAGCAAAGAAAGUAUUUUUAAUGGGUGUAAUUAAAUUGAAAGUAAUAAAACAGCCCAUGUAAAAGCUUUGAUUAAGGUGUAAUUAAAAUUAUGAAAAAUGUAAUAAAAUGAAACUUACAGAAAGGUUCAUCGGAGCUAUAAUUACCAGCACGUCAGCGUAAGGAAAGCAUUUUUGUGGAUCGGUGUAUUUUAAUUUCAUGCUCUCUUAAUGUGAAGGAAAUGUAAUGUAAUGCACCAAUAAAACUGCACAUGAAUGUGGGGUUUUGUACA